AUGGCUUCAUCCUGGAUACCGGAAAAGUCGUCCCCCAAAAGCAGCCGCCGCCGGGGAAGUAGCCAGCAAAAGAAGGUCGAUGAGCUCGUACACAAAUACUUCAAGAUCAAAUGCCCCAGUCCCGUCCUCCGCGGCAUUCUCAAGAGCACUAAGAAAUCCGAUCUCCUCGUCAGCGCUGUCCGACUUCAGGUUUCACUGGCCAGAUGCCGCUCUCAGGACUUUGCAGAGGGUCAGGUCACCAUCUAUGAUAAAGCUCUGUUGACGCUGUCAAAAAAUGGAGACGAGCCUGCGGAGCUGAGCGUCCUUGAGCUCUACCUGACUGAGUUUCUGGGGAUUGUUCCUAUUGCCAACACUUCGCACAGUCUGGAUAUAGCCACUAAGCAUCUUGAGCUGCAUCAGGCUUUGACCGAAGUGUCUUCGUCAAAGGAUAUCACCACAGAUUCGCCCAAUUCUGAAGAGCCUAUCCUGAAGCUGGAUGAACAAGUCUCCGCCACUACCACUACCACCACCACCACCACCACCACCACCACCGAGCAGAUAAAGGAGUGUGGCCCUCACUCAGAAGAUACCAAGUCUUUGUCCGAAGAGUCUCGCAAAGAAAAGCCUGAAGGAAAAAUUGUUGUCACCGAUGAAGCGGAUACCCAGAACCAUAAUCGCGAGAACAGGCGGAAUGAGCGAGCCCCCAUCGCUGGCAAAGAGCAGAUGAAGAACUACAAUCCCCGCAAAGCAGAUACGAAAGAUUCCCUGAAAAGAAAGAGGAACGACGACGGCGUCCAGAGUCGAGUGAAGCGGCUUCUUGACGUCUUUCUCAAAGCCAGAGAUGAACACAUCAACAGAAGACGAAAGGAGGGAACAAGCGAUCUAAACACUGUUCGAUUCGUGCGAGACUCGGCCGAAAAUGCCCUGACAUACCUCCGUACCAACAAUAUGAAGGACCAUGAAGCCAUUCCGGACCUUGAAAAGUGGUUUGCCAUCAUGAGAGACAAGGCUACUGCUCUUACAGGUGGUCGGGGGCGCCAUUUCGAUGAGAGGCCUCCCCCGGCCCCCAACUUCCUGCGCCCUAAUAAGCGUGCACGAUGCUUGAUCGACUCUUAUAGACCUCGGCGGUGGAGUCCCAUGGUUCCUGAAGGUGAUGCCUCUUCGUAA